GAGGCUUUGGUCUGCUUGUGGUGUAUAAAGUCGAGUCUCUCCAGCGCGCCCUUCCCGCCGCCGCCGCCAUGUCGCCGCUCGCCCGCUCGUUGCUCGCGCUCGCCGCGCUGCUCGCCGCCGCCGACGCUAACGGCUACAAUUGCGUCACAAAGACAAUUGGUCAAGUAACAUCCAACUUUAAACCUCUAUCUCCGGUAGUUUUACCCUACGGGUAUUCGGAAAUCCAAAUAAAUGAUUACUGCGCACCAUUGCGGCACGUUGGUGAAAGGAUAACAGUGUGCAACAAUAGCCCAAAUCAACCCAAGCCUAUAAUCCACGACCCGCCUUAUGGACAGCUCUCACCCGCGGGUGUCGACUGCUCUGAUGCCAGCCAAUGCACUGCUGACCCUAUUGUCGAGUACUGCGGCUAAUGACAAACUACCCUUCAUCUCCACUCUCCACUAUUUAAUUGCAUCGUUCGGUUAAUGGUACGUGCAACUGCUGUGAUUUUUCAUUUGCUAUAAGAAGUUUGUUGGAAUAUCCGUCGCAUAGCUCUGAACCUUUAUUAAUAUCACAACCAUUCAAGUCUUAACUCACAGUUUAUUUUAGUUUUUGAAUAUUGUAUUCCAAUUUUAUAAUAUGUAUUUAUCAAUACUGUGCAUAUAUUUAUCCAUUAUCAUUUAAUUAAAAAGUCCAUGUCA